AUGGAAGAACUGGUUCUCUGCUUGCUGAAAAAGGAUGAGGCCAUAUCGAAGUCAAAACAGCGUUACUAUAGCAACUCCCUGCAGCAUCGUGUCAAGAACAGGGUGUGGCAGACACUACUGAUGCUGCUGCCCAAACUGAGAGGGGAGUUUGUAGGUACCGUUCUGGGUCGUGUGUUUGAGGCAGGUUUCGUCAGUAACCAGGCCUCAGUCAAGUACCUGAUAGAGUGGAAGAUGGUUCUAAUCCUAGUCCAGUAUCCUGAACACAUAGACCGACUCUGGGCCUGCUUCAGUGUGGAUCAAGAGAAGACCAAGACCAGUGUCUGUACCUUCCUGUCUGUAUUGGUCCACCUCAACAUCAUCAUGCCUCAACUCAAGGAGAAGUGUUCGUCUGUACGCCCUGCUGGCCCUGAAGAGGGUGUGGGGUCUGGAGGGGGGCGAGGGCCGAGGCUGGGGGCGGAUGGGCUCGGGGGGCUGGCCACCGUCGUUAAGGCCUGUCUGCACCAGGCUGAGGCCAUGCAGAGUACUGGAAAUGCCAGUAAGAACUGGACCAGGAUUCAGGACCACUUCUUCUUUGGUGUCUUUCAUCCUGUUAGAGACUAUAGUGUGGAAACCAUAUUCUACACAUUCCCCAGCCUAUCAGAGGUGUUUGAGGACGAGUGGAUUCCGCCCUGGAAGUUUGAGAAGUUGGUGGACUUCUCCCAGAGUGCAUCUCUCCCGUUGAGGAACCCUGUCCCUGACCUGAGCCAGAUUCAGCCUGGAGACUGGAUCCAGCAGGAUAAAGGGGAUCAGGAUGGUGAGGAGCGCUGGGCCGAGGUCCAGAAGAAGAUGACCCCCUGGAGGUUGGGGAUCCAUGAACAGGAGCCAGAGGUGGGUCUGGUGCCCCAGCAGAGAGCAGCACGCCUGGGCAAGCUGCACAGUGCCCUCCUGGUGGUUGCCUCGCUCAUAGACAAGCCCACCAACCUGGGAGGUCUGUGUAGGACGUGUGAGAUCUUUGGGGCCAGUGCUCUGGUGUUGGACAGUCUUCGCCACGUCAGUGAUAAACACUUCCAGGCCCUGAGUGUCUCCUCGGAGCUUUGGCUCCCCCUACUGGAGGUGAAGCCCGUAGAACUAGCUGACUUCUUGCAGCUGAAGAAGAAGGAGGGCUACUGCAUUGUGGGAGUGGAGCAGACAGCCAAUAGUCAGAGUCUAAAGGACUACAAGUUCCCUGAGAAGACUCUGUUACUGCUGGGUAAUGAGCGUGAGGGUAUCCCAGCUAACCUGCUCCAGCUGCUGGAUGUGUGUGUGGAGAUCCCUCAGCAAGGUGUCAUCCGUUCCCUCAACGUACACGUGAGCGCCGCCCUGCUGGUGUGGGAGUACACCCGCCAGUACCUGCCCUCUACUGGAGUGAAGUCAGACUGAAAAAGGGAGAGAUGACCUGGAUGAUAAGAAACAAACAUUUUCACUCUGUUGUAAAACGUUUUUUUGUUUAUGUUUUCCAUUGUGUGCACUAAUGAACAUGGCCCUAGUGUGGGGGUAAACCCACCAGUACCUACCCCUACUGCCCCUGCUGCAGAGUAGGGUUAAGUUGCCCCUUUACAUUGUAGUCAUUAAGCAGAUGCUCUUAAUCAGAGAAACUUACAGUAGUGAGUACAUGCAUGUUCAUACUGGUCCCCCGUGGGAAUCAAACCCACAACUCUGGUGUUGCAAGCACCACACUCACCACACCAUUACCCCCUCCCCCUACUGGCCCUGCUGCUGGGGUGACCUCUGAACCUGGAGCCUCUUUGUGAUAACUGUGGUGUGAAGUUGCCCCUAGGCACAGAUCAAAGAUCAGCUUGAAUGCCCUCCCCAAGUCCUAACCUUAACCAUUGGAGGGGAAAACUUGCCACUGACCCAACAGAAACCCAGUGUCAACCUCACCCUACUUCAGCCCUCUGGGAUCUGGUCAUGAAGGAAAGGAGACAGGAGACAGUGAGACUAGGAGAGGAAUCAACCUCAAUACUAUUGAUAUGCUGUUCAAACCAGAGAGUUUCUUGUUAUUGUCAAAGUCCCACCUCAGGCAGGUGUCAGUCAUCAAAGGAGAAACCAUUACUUACCUCUUCCAUAUUUUUAAAAUUAAUUUGAUCAUUUUUUUUUAACCCAUUUUAAAAUGCAGCCUUAACCCUCCAAUGGGCCAUAGAUCUAGAGAAUUGAUGUUAGUCUUACAAGUAGUGACUUGUUAUUAGACCUAGAACCCAUCUCAGAUCCAUUGGAGGGUAUCCGCUUUAGCCGUGGCUAGAUAUUACAUUAGAAUAUUCCAAUGCGUUUGUCGUUUGGACAGGGUCAUGUUUCCAAGUGCUUUCCCAGUAAAGCAGCAGACACUUGAUUUUCCCCGAGUCUCUGAUUUUUUUUUGUGUGCUAUUAAAUAUUGAACCAUGCUUUUUUUGGAGUGGAGAAAUUGUUGGAAAGUAAAUGCAUCUUUUUAAACAAAUAAAACAAUUAUUUCGUAAGAACUCUGUUUUUCUUAUCAC